AUGCUUGGUCAGCGUUGCUGGGUUGCUAAUUUGUGCUGUUCUGGAAUAAACAUUUCACUGAAUGUGAUGUUGGUCGACCGCAAUGGAUUUCGCCAUUCGGCGAAGACUGUCGGUGUGAUGGGAUCUUCGAUGGGCAAUGAAUACACAGACUAUCUCUUUAUUUUGGCAAAACCAUCACCAGAAGAUAUGCGGGUUGAGAUCAAUGCGCUAUGGCGACAAUUCGCACUGACGUCAAGGGAAAAUAGGAGUAAAACGCAUUACAAUACAAAAUAUCAAGGAGCCAAAAAUACAUGA